CUAUAUUGCAUCACUGCAGGUACCGGAGCCCUUCUAUAAAAAGAGAAAGCGAGCCAGGGACAGCCCCGGUGUUAGAGGAAACAGGGAGAGACGGGCACAGCUUUUCCACUCUGCAGAAUUAGCCACUGACUUCACCCAGGCAAAGUUUACUCUAAGGAGCAUUUGCCCAUCUGUGAUCAAUCCCCCAGCCAGAGAAUUGGCUGCAUCCGAGACCCCAGCGCCAAUCUACUGCUUCCCCAUCACCAUGGAGGCUUCUCUUGCCAUCUGCAUCCUCGCUGCUCUCCUGGCUACGGGGUCCUGUCUGCAGUGUGAGGUUUGCGAUGGACCAGGGAACAACUGCACGGGCAGCAUGCAGACCUGCACUGCUGGGGAAGACUCUUGUGCCUUCGUUCUUACCGAAGUCAUAGUAGUGGGAAUUAAGACCCAAAGCAUUCUCAAGGGCUGCGUGACAUCCAGCCAAUGUAAAGCCGGUCCCAUCUCUAUGAAUUUUGGGAAUGAAGUGACAUCAAGGUCGAGCAUCGCCUGCUGCGUGGGAGACGCCUGCAGAACAGUCAAUGUUACACUGCCCCCGGCUGACACCAAACCCAACGGCCGGCACUGCCCAGCCUGCUUCGCUCUGACCACUGAACACUGCCUUGAAGAGACCAUAGAGUGUACGGGAGUCGAGACGCAAUGUAUUGAUACCAUUGGGAUUGUAACAAUUGUUGGAAGCCCAACGCAGAUGGUCAUGAAGGGCUGCAUUUCCGAGUCCAUGUGCCUCCACCUAAACGUGGGUUUGUCAGCCGUCGCAGGGAUCAGUUCGAAUCUAACCACAAACAAAUGCACAGUGGCCUCCGGCACGGUGGGUGUGGCUCCGGGACCAGCUGGGCUCCUCCUCCCGGCCCUCGCUGGUCUCCUCCUGUUGAAGCUUCUCUCCUGAUUCCCCACCCAGUGCAACAGGCAACACUGCACUCAAAUCCACCCUGCAGCCUGCGUUAGGCCCUCUCCCCUGCAGGGGUUUUCGGCUCCCGCACGGACUCACAUCCCCUUGAUGUUGUUGCACUGAAUAAAACAAACCUGAGACCAGA